GGAAGCAUUCAGAUCAAAGAAUAAUGAAGCUCACAUUAUUAGCUGCAUUAUUCGUCCUUGUAUUCACCUUGAGCACAGAGCCACUGCUCGGAGCCGCUGAUGCGGCGCCUGAACCAGUGAUCGAUACUUCCGGCAAUAAGCUCCGAGCAGGCGUCGGUUACGUCGUACUUCCAGCUCCCCAGCCCCCUGGCGGCGGCGGGCUUUCUCUUGCAAGCAUCGGAGAAAAGUGCCCACUUGACGUCGUGGCGGUGGUGGACGAUCCUGGCCUAGGCGUGUCGUUUACACCCGUUAAUUCCAAGAAAGGUCGGGUUCGCGUCUCCACUGAUCUCAACGUCAUGUUCUCUGCUAACACAGGUUGUCCUCAGUCCAACGUUUGGAAGAUCAACGAUUACGAUAAUACCACGGGACAGUGGUUCGUGACGACAGGUGGGGUUGUGGGGAAUCCUGGGAGGCAAACACUGAGAGAUUGGUUCAAGAUUGAGAAGUAUGAAGAUAGUUAUAAGUUUGUUUACUGUCCAAGUGUGUGCAGUACAUGUAAGGUUCAGUGCAGAGAUAUUGGCAUAUAUGUCGACAGCCAUGGAAACCGGCGUCUUGCGCUCAGUGAUACUCCUUACAAAGUUCAAUUUUUAUGUUGUCUUUAGAAGGACAUUGCAGUUUCUGCGAGCCUGAAGACCAUUUCAUCAACGAUAAAGUUCAUGAUGAAUAAUGUUUCUCAUAAAUAGUAUAAAUUGAAGCUUGCAUAAAUUGAGGAUUGAUUAGUUAUUGCAUGUCUCCUUGCUAGUUUGUUUGGUUUUUUUAAUGUUACAAAG